GGAGGAGGAGGAGGGCGGAGACACUCCACCCGUCAGACUGGAGGCUGAUUUUGUUCAUUCCUUGGCUUCGGCAAAAGGGUGAGGAGUCAGCAUCUGCAAGUUCUGUCUCCUUAAUUUAAAAAAAAAGAGAGAGAGAGAAGAGGAAGGAGAGCUCUGCGCUCGGUGGCACAAGGCGCGCACUCUUCUCUGGAGGAGAAUUUGCGCGUUUGGAACAUCUGGCUAAAAAAAAAGUUAUCUCUUGUUUAGUUUUUUGUUUUUUCAGAAGUUGAGGUCGACAGACGAGAGAGAAGGUUGUUUUCCUUUUUUUUUUUUUUAAAGGGAGGACGAACAACAAAACCAAAGGAGCGGAGAGAGGAGAGGCGACCUGGCGACAUGUUUGGCAUGAUCAAGAAUUCGCUCUUCGGGAACACCGAGGAGACGGAGUACAAACUGCUCAGCAGCGAGACGAAGGAUGGCGUCAGCUUUGAGGUGCGGCGGUACGACGCCUCCAAAUACGCUGUCGUCUCCUCUGAGGGCCGAACAUUCGACCAAGUGACGGGCGAGCUGGUGAGGAAGCUGCUCAUGUACAUCGGCGGGAGCAAUGAACAAGAUGAGGCCAUGGGCACAGCAUCUCCCCUCAUCAUCACGGUGUACCCGCGUAACGACGGUGUUCUGUCUCGCCGUUUGAUGGUCGCCAUCCGCAUCCCCACGAGCUACCAGAUAAGCCCCCCGACUCCCACCGAUAGUGCUAUCAAGAUUGAGGAGCGGCCCGGCAUGACUGUCUACGCUCUGCAGUUUGGAGGCUUCGCAGGGGAGACCGAGUACCGAGCAGAGGCCUUGCGUUUGACGCGCACCCUCGGCGAGACGGCCCCCUUUCAGCGUAAGCAGUACUUCUGCUGCAGCUACGACCCACCGCUCAAGCCUUACGGACGCCGCAACGAGGUGUGGUUUCUACAGGAGGAGCCGUAGGAGCCGUCGGAUCAGAUCUGAGUCUCGUGCUGAAUUCUUAAUCACCCUUUCACUACUGACAAUCCCGUAGCUCUAACGGUAUUUCGAUUGGUAAGAGCAAUAUGGUGACCUUUGAACCCAGAAUGGACAGAAAGAGAUUACCCAUGUUGCCUUUACCCAUCUGAUCUUCUGCUUAUCACUAGCUGUUCAAACAAUGGGACAACAUUCCCCCAUUUUUAUCAUCUUCAUCAUCUUCAACGUGAUAAACAGUAUGUAGCACUGUGACAGAGUGAGGAUAGUGAAGAUAAUAGAUCCUAAAGAAACUUUCAGAUAAACUCUUAUCUAAGUAACUCUAAUCUAAUAUCAGUCUGCAUUCAAACACAACC